CAAGCUUCUCUACCGCGUCGAAAACCCUGAGGUUGUUCAGAUGUUUGGUGGUAAUACCGAUAAACUGGAGAGAGAGCUCGAACGUAUGGCAAGAAGAAAGUUCAAGAUUUGUGUUUCGAUGCAGCGCUACGCCAAGUUCAAGAAAGAGGAGAUGGAAAAUACAGAAUUUCUCCUUCGCGCCUAUCCUGAUCUACAAAUCGCUUAUCUUGACGAGGAGCCACCACUAGUUGAGGGAGGAGAACCCAGAUUGUACUCUGCUCUUAUCGAUGGCCAUUCAGAACUCAUGGAAAAUGGAAUGCGUCGUCCAAAGUUCCGUGUCCAGCUAUCUGGAAAUCCUAUCCUCGGCGACGGAAAGUCUGAUAACCAAAACCAUGCUAUUAUUUUCUACCGCGGUGAAUAUAUUCAACUUGUUGAUGCCAAUCAGGACAAUUAUCUUGAAGAAUGUCUGAAGAUCCGAAGCGUCCUUGCUGAGUUUGAGGAAAUGACUGUUGAGAACGUCUCACCUUACACCCCCGGUCUCCCCCCUACCAAGUUCGAUCCUGUCGCUAUUCUUGGAGCACGUGAAUAUAUCUUCUCUGAGAACAUUGGUAUCUUGGGUGACGUCGCUGCCGGUAAGGAACAGACUUUUGGUACCCUUUUCGCCCGUACUUUGGCGCAGAUUGGUGGAAAAUUGCAUUACGGACAUCCCGAUUUCUUGAACGGUAUCUUUAUGACAACACGUGGUGGUGUGUCCAAGGCCCAGAAGGGAUUGCAUCUCAACGAGGACAUUUACGCUGGAAUGAACGCACUUUUGCGUGGUGGUCGCAUUAAGCAUUGCGAAUAUUACCAAUGUGGUAAAGGACGUGAUUUGGGGUUUGGAUCUAUUCUUAACUUUACUACAAAGAUUGGAACUGGUAUGGGAGAACAGAUGCUUUCGCGUGAAUACUACUACCUCGGCACUCAGCUUCCUCUGGAUCGUUUCUUGUCCUUCUACUAUGCGCAUCCUGGUUUUCACAUCAACAAUUUGUUCAUUAUGUUGUCGGUUCAACUCUUCAUGUUUGUCAUGAUCCAUCUUGGUGCUCUCAAAGACCAGGUUGUUGUGUGCGACUACAAUCCCAACAAACCAAUUACGGAUGAACUGAAGCCUAUUGGAUGCCGCAACAUUGAACCGAUCAUGGACUGGGUUGUGCGUUGCAGCUUGUCAAUCGUUAUCGUGUUCUUCAUUUCUUUUGUCCCUCUUGUUGUCCAGGAACUCACUGAGCGUGGAUUCUGGCGUGCGGCUACUCGUCUUGGAAGACAUUUCUGCUCAUGUUCACCUGCCUUUGAGGUGUUUGUGUGCCAGAUUUAUGCUAACUCCUUACUUAAUGAUCUCGCCUUUGGUGGUGCUCGCUAUAUCGGUACGGGUCGUGGUUUCGCGACCGCUCGAAUUCCUUUUGGUAUCUUGUACUCACGUUUUGCCGGACCUUCAAUCUACCUCGGCGCCAGAUCUUUGAUGAUGGUGCUUUUCGCUACUUUAACCAUAUGGGGUAUUCACCUUCUCUAUUUCUGGGCCUCCUUACUUGCUCUUUGCACCUCGCCCUUCAUCUUUAACCCUCACCAAUUUGCUUGGGACGACUUCUUCAUUGAUUAUCGUGACUAUUUAAGAUGGCUUUCCCGUGGAAACUCGCGCGCCAAUCAUCAAUCAUGGAUUUCUUUCUGCCGUCUUUCUAGAACUCGUAUCACUGGUUACAAGCGCAAGAUCCUCGGAGAUCCAUCCGAGAAACUUUCUGGAGACAUGGCUCGUGCAAAGUUCACAAACAUCGUCUUUAACGAGAUUGUUGGGCCAUUCCUUGUCGCCAUUCUCUGUAUUAUUCCCUACUUGUUCAUCAACGCACAGACCGGUGAUUUGCCCGAGCCCAAGCCAACUGGAGCCCUGAUGCGUCUUGCCGUUGUGGCAUUUGCUCCUAUUGCUGUCAAUGCUGGUAUUCUUGCAGGCUUGUUCGGAAUGGCAUGUUGUAUGGGUCCUGUUUUUAGCAUGUGUUGCAAAAAGUUUGGUGGUGUUCUUGCCGCCAUCGCCCACGGCUUAGCUGUUAUUAUGCUCUUCGCGUUCUUCGAAGUCAUGAUGUUCCUCGAGGGAUUCAGCUUCACCAAGACAUUGUCAGGAAUGAUUGCGAUGGUUGCCAUUCAACGAUGGUUUUAUAAGCUUAUCAUCUCUCUUGCUCUCACUAGAGAGUUCAAGACUGACCAGAGCAAUUUGGCUUUCUGGAACGGAAAGUGGUAUGGUCUUGGACUUCAUGCUAUCUCACAGCCCGGUCGUGAGUUGCUGUGUAAGAUCACGGAACUCGGAAUGUUCUCGGCAGAUUUCAUCCUUGGACACGUUAUAUUGUUCUUUCAAUUACCUGUUAUUCUGUUUCCAUAUGCGGACCGAAUUCACUCUACUAUGUUGUUCUGGCUACGUCCAUCCCGCCAAAUUAGGCCCCCGAUCUACUCCUCCAAGCAAUCAAAGCUCCGAAAGAAGAGAGUCAUCCGGUUUACUGUCGUUUACUUUCUCAUGCUUGUCGUCUUCCUUGCACUAGUUGUUGGACCAGUUGUGGCUAAGAACAUACUCAUUGACGCUACGAAGUCGGUCAACAUUAUGCCUGACAUGGGGCUCCAGCAACCUCACGACACUUACUACAAUAAUACCGACACCGCCUACUGGGAAGCUAACCCUGAUCUGGUUGAUGAUGGUGGUAAGGAGUUUAGGGAGGGUGCCCACCAGAAUAAGAAUGCGAAUAGCAAGUUCAAGCUGAGGUUUUAAGUCCAUAUCCGGAGGUUGUUGUUUUCCUUUUUCGGGGUUUUUCUUUUUCUUUCAUUGUUCCGGGCGGCGAAUAAAUACGGAUACUCUUGAGCGCAGGUCUUGUGUAUAAAGGGGCGAACAACUGGUUACGAGGUGUCGUUGUAAUGUUAGUGAUUAAGCGGGCCUGUUCAAUGAACAGGCAGCGGGUGGGCGCUGGAUAGAGGUGAUAAAAAAUCAGUUUUGUCCUUCGGGGUUUUUUUUUUUUUGCAUAUUAGUCACUGUAUUAUUUUCUCUUUUAUUUUUGUAUCCUUAGGUAAAUAAGGAGAGCUAGUAAGGUAUUACGAA